AAAUGCCCUGCACAGAACUCGCACUCCUCCCCCUCACCACCCCACUUUCCCCCCAUCUCAUCCCCAAACUUCAAAUCGCCAAACACGUGCUCGAAACUGCUGCGGGAUAUCCUUGUUAUUUCUAUCAACAGGUGGAAAAUCCUUCGUAUAUAUAUAUUGUCGGUACGUGGGAUAGUCCUCAGCACCAUGAGAGGUUCAUACCCAGUGUGCAAAAUUUGGGCCUUUUUGAUUUGUUGAAGGGGGAGGUGGUGGUGGGGGCCGGUGUGGGGGAGACGAUUGAGGGAGGGGUAUUAGGAUGUGGCAUUGUGAGUGUGGGGUUUUCUUUUUCUUUCUUUUUCUUUUUAGUUUGAUAUUGAUGUUGAUGUGAUGGUUGGAGGCGGGUUGCAUUAAAAGAUGCAUUUUGUGUGGCUUAUGAGUGGGGAUUUUUGCUUUGCUUUGCUUCAUGCAUGGAACUAAAUUUAGGGUAAAUACUAAUUCUAUUAACACCACAGUACAAUGCGAUGCACUUCUUUCUCUUCGUCUAGGAAUAGACAAAGAACCCGAAGAAGCAGACUCGAAGAAAAAAUCUCCCUUCUCCGCACCCAUAAUAUCAUGCACUCGAUAUUUCAUCACAUCCUCCAACAAAGAAGGAUUUCGGGAGAAAUUUGAUUCGGUGAAACAUGUAUUGGCAGAUGAGGUGAGAGAGUAUGAGAUUGAGGGAGGAUGGAGAAUAGAGAAGGAGGCGGAGGAUAAAGAGGAGUGGGUUAUGUUUUGUGGGUGGAAGAGUGUGGAGAGACAUCUGGGGUUUGGUAAGAAGGAAGGGUUUAGGGAGUGGAGGGGCAUCGUGGAUUGGGUGGAUGGGUUUGAGGUUAGACAUUUGAGGAGGAUUGAGGGGUUGUGAUUUAAUGGGAGGUAAGGAGUGGAAAAGAAAGAGGAUAGAAGGUUGAGAUUAAGUCUAAAGAAAUUAAUUUGUUGGAAAGAAGGAAUGGUGGUUCAUUCUAGAGGGAGCAACGGGUUCACUCUACACUCUACCUCGAGUUCAUGAUUUCAUAUAUUUAUAGUCUUG